CAGCUCUGCAGAUGGGAGUACACACUCCUGUUUUUCUCAAGCAUGACUCAGUUCUCUGCAAGAACUGUUUUCUCAUGUAAAUCCUGGAGCAAACCCUGUGUCUGACGCCCCAUCUAGCGUUCAGCACGGACAGGUGCAGAGGAGGUCGCUGCAGAGGAAAGAGGUGACUGGUAUUUUCAGCGGUAUUAAGCCAACUUUAUAAAACUUACUCGUCUCCAAGACAGCUCAGAGAGUCCAGGCGACAUGGAUUCCUGAAUGUCCCACUGCCAGUUCCUUCCUCUGGACUCUCUGCAGUCUCUGGGUGUCCAAGCAGAGACAGCAGCUGAAAAGCCCUGGAAACCCAGCUCCACUUGGCAGCCCACCCCGGGGCUUGGAGGACACCUGGGCAAACCCAGGAAUGAAACCCACUUCAGCCUUGGAAUGAGGAACCAAGGGUCGAUGGCAGCUGACAGCCUGGACUCUCUCAGGCAGGGGACAGCGGCACUUCCCGGCGGCUCGGCAGUCGGCAGCACUGGGCACUCUCGUCAAGACAGUCAUCAAAUCUUGAGCAGGUAUUUUGAAUACUAAAUAACGCUGCUCAGUGUUUUUCCAAUGAGAUUUUUAAAAUAAAAUGGGAAUUACUGAAAAGUGCGUUUCACGAUUUUUCAAAUUUUUUUCAUGAAAAAAAAGUGUCUGCUGAGAAAACCUUUUUCUGCUGUCUUUCCUUUGCAAGCACGCGUUUUUUGGUGGUGGGGAGAUGUUGAAGUUGUCAGGACAAAAAAAAUCUGCUCUGAGGACUUGGUUAUGAUACAGCAGCUUUCUGACACUUUCAGUGCUGCGAAUUGCAGAGCCCCAGGCACUGCUACGGAAAUCCUCGGGCUGUGUAAUGUUGUGUGUACAACCACUCGCAAUUAAGCCCAAAACAAGCAUCUCUGUGCUCUCCGUUAAUCACCAGCCCAAUUAGCACCUUGGUUAAGAUGCUGAGAGGUUCCAGUCCUCUUCCUAUCAGACCUGGGAUUGUUCCAGUGAAACUCUCACUCUGCCUAUGAAAUCCUUUGUUCCCGACACUUUCAGUUCUCCUGCAGCAGCGUGAUAAGUCUGUUAACUCAUUAACACCUCCAGCUUACAGGAGAUUUGGCUUCCAGCCCCUUCCAGCCCCAGGCUCCACGCUCCAGGAAGUUUUUCUGCAGUUUCUGUUUUGGUUUCUUUUCCUGCUGAGUUAGGCUGGCAGUCAGCUCCCACCAUGCAGCUCCUGAAGGCUGCUGUACUCUUUAUUGUUGUGCCCACUCUGACACCGGCUUUUGACCCUCUCAGCGUUUCUCUCGUUGCGGGAAGCGCUGUCAUGGCUUGGCAUCUCUUCUCCUCCGACUCCUGGCUCAAGUGCCGCUUCCAAGAGUGCUGCGAGAGGAAUAGAACUCUGAAUUUCACAGCGCUGAAGGCGCAGCUGGACGACAGGCUCUUCGGGCAGCACCUGGCCAAGGACGUGGUGCUGAAGGCGGUGCUGGGCUUCAGCAACAACCCCAGCCCCAAGAAGCCGCUGAUGCUGUCGCUGCACGGCUGGGCCGGCACCGGCAAGAACUUCCUCAGCCAGAUCCUGGCGGAGCAGGUCCACCCCGCCGGCCUGCGCAGCAAGUUCGUCCAUCUCUUCCUGGCCACCCUGCACUUCCCCCACCACGACCAGGUUAAGCUCUACAAGGAACAGCUGCAGAACUGGAUUCGAGGCAAUGUCAGUGCCUGUCCCUCCUCUGUCUUCAUUUUUGAUGAGAUGGACAAAAUGCAUCCAGGUGUCAUUGAUGCUAUCAAGCCCUUCUUAGACUAUUAUGAGGAGGUUGAUGGGGUGUCCUACAGGAAAGCCAUCUUCAUCUUCCUCAGCAAUGCAGGUGGUGAUUUAAUUAACAAAGCAGCUCUUGACUUCUGGACAAGUGGAAAGCGCAGGGAAGAUAUUCAGCUGAAAGACCUGGAGCCAUUGCUCUCUGUAGGAGUCUUCAACAACAAGAAUAGUGGGCUGUGGCACAGCAGCAUCAUUGACAGGAACCUUAUUGACUACUUUGUCCCCUUCCUGCCCCUGGAGCAAAGGCAUGUGAAGAUGUGUGUCAGGGCUGAAAUGACAGCCCGUGGCUAUGCUGUGGAUGAAGAUAUUGUGCAGGCAGUGGCUGAUGAGAUGACUUACUUCCCCAAGGAGCAGAAGAUCUACUCUGAUAAAGGCUGCAAGACUGUACAGGCCAAGUUGGAUAUUCACGAAGACCUUGUGAUGAGAGAGAUGAAGGCCAGGGGUUGAUUUCUACUUUGAGUCUCCAAAGCACUUUGAGAGUGCUUUGGAAAUCUGUGUAUUUGCACUUAGACUUUUUUUUACUGUUGCAGGGAGUAUGGUGAAAAUACCAGAGUGAGCUGUAUGGGCUUUGUAGCUUGUGUGUUUGGUUUUGUUGAUUUUUUUUUUUUUUUUUUAACUUAACAUAGAAUUGGGACUUAGAGAUCAUCUAGUGCCAUCCUCUGCCAUGGGCAGGGAUGCUUUCAAUCAGGUCAUCUAGCCUGGCUUUUAAGUGCUGUUCAUCUUUGAACUGGCUGGUAUCCCAGUGUUUGCCCCCUUUAGUUUUCUUUCAAUCUAUAGACAAUUUCUGGUGUGACACACAGCACUGGAUACAGCCUCUCCUGUAAGAGAAGAAUAAAGUAUUCUUCCAAGUGCUGGGAUUAUUAAGUAUUUAAUUCCUCUUUCCACAUAAACCAAGUUGGAACAAAGGAAAAGAGAGGAAUUUUUCAAGAUAGUCAUACUCCCUUCCAUGUACACAUUCAUACUGGAAUGGAGAGAUGUGUGCUGUAUUCUGAGCUAUGAUCAUGUCUGCAAGGGUGAACUCCUUGGUGCACUGCAGUAAGAAGAUGAUAUGGUAGACAUCUUCCUGUGCUUCAGCUGGGCAUCAUCCUACAUCUCCUAGUACAGUAAUAUGGGAAGUCAUUAUGAGCUCUUAGAAAUCUGUUACUAAAUAAUAGAGAGCGAGCAGGGGAAGAGGAAGUAAGAGCUGCCCCAUGUUUCUCUGGGGAAAAAGAAAUUGUUAAGUGCUCUUUAAAGGGGCUAGGUACAUUUGUGACUCCAGGUCUUCCUAAACUGAAGGACCCAUCUGAGAGAUCUGUUAAGACAUACUAAGCUAGUCUUCUGUACUUAAGCAGAAAAAUCUCAUGAGAAUUUGACUGUUGCAGUUUGUAAGGUUAAUCUGUGUGUGGGCUUCUGGGCCUGAAGUCUGUAAGGUCUUUAGUACUCUCUCCCCACUGCUCCUAAUAGUCAAGGUGUGGUUAAUGCUACUCUCACCUUGCUGAAAGACACUUGAAUGGAAGAAAUUAUUUUUAAUAGUAUAUUUUUAUGCUGAAGUGUAAGCAACAAUCCUAUACCUCACUAGUUAGGUAUGUUAUAUAUAGUAGCUUUUAACAUGGAAGAAUGCCUGUGUGAAAGGUUGAGCUAUGAGUUAAGAAGCUGGGAAAGAUCAAUUUAACCUUCACCCAGUAGGGAGACUGGGUUUUAAACACUGUUGCAAGCUUUAACUCUUAGUCUCCCAUCACUUGUAUAUCAAAUGUUGUAAUGCAAGACAGAAGUGCCUUUCACUUUGUUGAUUGUACUGUGGUUUUAAAUUGAUACAAGGGAUGGAGCUGGUUUUGUGCUGUAUCAUCUGUUCCCUCACUUGUUCUUAAACUUCCUUUAAGAGGUGAUGCUGAAUGAUAGGUCUCAUUACAAUUAUGCUAAUUCAAAUUACAACAGAGCUUAGCGCUGUUAAGCUCUAAAUUAAAAGUGUUGAUUGCCUUUUACAGCCUCACUGCAGUUUGUCAAACGUUGGCAAACUGUUGACACUGAUGCAACCUCCAGAGCCAAACACUAGCAAGCUGUUAACCUUGGGACAUUGGACUGUCACUUUUCAGUGUGAUGUUUUACCUACUAACUGAUUUGUUUGUAGUUAUAUAUGCUGCAUCCAGUUUCACUUACUCCAAAAAGAAAAUAUUUGUGCUGUUUCAAAACACUAAAUACUACCGUACUGCAGUUGGAAUAAAUCCUAAGUUACUUCUUC